AAAGACAGCGCAUGCAUGCACACGUACUGAGUCAGUACGCCAUUUGGUUAAAGUACAAACUGCGGAACGCUGUGUAGUGUCGGUCUAUCCCCAACGCCACUUUUAGUUACAGAUCUGCGCUAGACAUAUUUCGACUUUACUUCGCAAGACAAACAACACCAUCGAAGAUGCGUUUCCGACAGAAAUUCUUGGGAUUCAGCGGAGGGGCUAUGGUAGCCUUGGGUCUGGUUUUAACCAUCCUCGGUAAGGAUACGGCCUAUCUCAAUGACGGUAUUGCCGCUCCAGCCGCUGGCAUCCCAGUCGUGAACGGAGCGGCAGGCGUCCCUAUGUGGACUGGGAUUUUGAUUAUCAUCUGCGGUAUGGCUAACAUCACAGAAGCCUUUGACGGGAAAAAGAAGAGGGGGCCAACACCAUAUGAGUUACCCUUCUCCAUGACGGUCUUUGUGGUAAACUUCCUGGCCCUUGCCGUAACCGGUAUAUGCAUGGGUAUGUUGUCCUGGGCCAUCUAUAGCGUAUACCUCCAGCCUACCUUGGUGGAAGAUACCAGGCAACAGGCUGUCAUAGGUUUAUACGCCACCAUCAUCGUCGCUUGCUGUCUCAUCUUCAUCUUCGCACUCAUGGCGAUGUUCGUUGACUGCUGCAUCAACGGGUUUAUUGGCGGCUUAGCAGGAAUGCCGCCGCCAGGAGAUCAUGCCCAGCGGGAAUCGCCUUAUGAUACUUACCAGAGUCGACCUGCCAUGCUGUACAAGUAGAAGAUCGUUAGCACUAUCGGUCUCGAGAAUCGAGAUCUGUGUUUAUGAGCGUCUCGGGUGUAACCGGUGUCGCCUUUAUCCGAUCCGGUCCUCAUCGCAAGUGCUUCUAUGCAAUAUCUGUCCAUUGGGAAAGGGGAGGGGGUAUAAGGAAAGGGGUAUUUGGAGGGUAUGGAGUAGGGGAGGGGCAUGGCGUAGAUGAUAUUCAUGUGAGGGAGGUGUGCAUAGGGAAGGGAAGGGGCAAUUGAGAGGGAAGG